UUCAUUUUAACACAUUAAUAAGACUUACAAGAUGUUUGAAGUUUCAAUGUUUCAAAUAUUUGUUAUUUUUAUGAUAAUUUUAUAUAUCAUAAAACGUCCUCGUAUAGGCAAAAACGAACCUCCAUUUGUGCCUUAUACAAUUCCAAUUCUUGGACAUACGUAUAAUUAUUUAUUUAAUCCAAAAAAAUUCAUUAAAGAAUGUAAAGAACAGUAUGGUGAUUGUUUUUCAAUUUAUGUAUUCGGACAUGUGAUGACAGUUGUUUCAAGGGAUUCAUUGACUGAAGUGUUUAGAAAUUCCGAUGACUUUGACUUUUCAUCAGCAAUAAAUGAGCUUCUCCCUUUUCAUCGACUUUUUACUUAUAAUGCCGGUAUAACCAAAGAAAGUAACAUAUUUCAUGCUAAAACUACAAGAGAACAAGUUUCUGGUAAACUCGCAUUAAAUACAAACAUCGUACAAAAGUAUCUCAUGAAGGGAAUGGAUAAGUGGAUUGGAGAUUGUAAUGAUCCCAAGAUAGUUGAUAACACUUGGAUUACGUUAAAUAAUAUCGUUGCUUUAUCAAUUACGAACAUAUUUGCCGGGGAAGAAGCUGCAAUUCAUGAAGAUUUAAUAAAGUCAUUUGGAAGCUUUGCUUUUGAUGUGGGUUCAUUAUUAAUGAUUCCACCAAUUUUAUCUUUCAUUCACCCGAAACUACACGAAAUCGUAAUCACUUUACCUAUGAAAUUUGGAUGGAAUCCAGUGUCGCGUCAUCGAGAAGUCGCAAUGAAUCGGUUAAGACCAGUAAUCGAAAAACGUUUAAAGGAAAAAACAAUACUUGGUAACAAUUAUAAACCUUAUAAUGAUUUGUUGGAAUAUUAUAUGAAUCAACCGAAUUUUGAUUAUACAAUCCCCGAAAAUUUGUCUUAUCAUAUUGAAAAUCUACUUGUUUUGGUUUUUGCCUCAAUAAACACAACUAGCAGAACAGUUGUUGACGCAUUAUAUGAUUUGGCAGGAAGACCAGAAGUAUUAAAUGAGUUAUACGAAGAAGCAUUAACAAUUAAUAAAGAAUGUAAUGGAACAAUAACUAUCCUCGAAAUUCAAAAAAUGGAAAAAUUAGAUAGCUUUAUUAAAGAAUCAUUAAGACACAGUGAUAACAUACUUGCUUUGCCUCAUUACAUGAUAUCGAAAAGUUACACUUUCUCCAAUGGUUAUACAAUUCUAAAAGGACGUAAGGUACUUAUGUGUGCCGAUGAUAUGUUAAAGGCAAAAGAAUGUUAUGGUGAUGAUGCUGAAGAAUUUAAACCAUUUCGAUUUGUAAAUGCAAAAUCUCCUGCGACAAAAGUUGAUCGUUCUUAUAUUGUUUUCGGUGGUGGCAGACAUGCAUGUCCUGGUCGAUUUUUUGCAAUUACUGAAACGAAAUUGUUGUUACAUAAGCUUAUUAUGAAAUACAAAAUUUCAACAAAAAGUGGAAAAAUUGAAAAAAAAAUAUAUAUUGGGCCAAUUACAAUACCUUCUCAAAGUAGCUUAGUUUUUGAAAAUAGAGUAAAAUGUUAGUUCAACAAUAUAAUAUAUUUUUUUUCUAUUUCAUCUAAUAACACUGAGCUUUUUAUAUUUUUCGAUCACUAACAUACGAUAUGCCUUUUUAAAUUACUGUAUUAUCUCUCCUAAUGAGUUUUUUUCAAAUAAAAUAAAAUAUU